AAUUACCCUGGCGUGAAAUUCAAGAUUCCGUGUCCCUUCAGUUAGAUUUCCCUCUGUAGACCUCCUCUGAGCUUUAAGGACAUUUAUGUAAGUUUUAAUAAAGAUUGCACAGCUUCCUAGUUUCUGUCAAAAUGAUUAUUAAUAAAAUAAAUAGCAAAUAUUCAGUUUUGCAGAAGAGGUGCCAUUAUGGAAAAAUGGACUGAAGGGAAGAGGAGAGAAAAUUACCUACGGAAAAUGCUUGUGCUUUGGAGUUUCUUUAGAUGUCACAUAAACAUUGGUUACUAGAGAAAUGAAAUUUCAAGGAUUUUCAAAAGCAAAAAAAUGCUUAAAUAAUAAUCUUUCCCCAAACCAGUAUAAUAGACAAAAUCCAUUGGGAAGUUUUUCUAUUUUGAGUCAAAAUUUUUUUGCUGUCCUUGAUAUUUUUUUUAAGGAAGUAAAUUUCAUCUGCUGCUACAGGCCCUUAAGAAAUUAUGAAUUAAAAAAAGUUCAUGAUUGAGUGGAGGAAAGAGUGAAAAAGGAACUUUAGAAAGCUGCUGGAGUCAGGAAGCAAAAUGUUCCUUUCGGCAAUAGCUCUAGGAUUGGUUGCACACUGAGGUGCGCACUAUGAUCCAUUCAAUUUGUUUGAAUGAGGCAUCAAAAAUACAAACUAGAACUUUGUACUGUGGAAAAGUUAUUAUACCAAGUACAGAACAUAAGGAGAAAGACUAGUUAGUUAUUCUUUAGUCUAUAAUAUGCCUGAAGAAAUUUUAAUAACCCUGUUAACUGCAUUCAGGGCAGGUGUUUAAAGGAAAGUAGGCUGGCUAUUAAACCAAAAGGUUUAUUAUGAUCGUAUACAUAGGCCUGUGGGCCUGAUGAAAUAUUUUUAGAGAUUUAAAUGGUUAUUUUUCAUGUAAUCCUGUAGCAGCUCUUAUAGUAAGCAGUGAAUAAUGUCUGGGCCAUGGAGCAGUCAUUAGCAAAAACUCUCCUUGAUCUAAAGGGAACUGGAUUGCAAUUUAUCCUUGCCACAAGGAAUUUUUAUGUUGAAAAAUGAUUUUUUUUAUUGUAAUUGGCAGAAAGCUUCUUCAGAGGUUUCAGUAGCUGUAUAAAUUAGACUGCAUAUACUGUUUCAAAGCAAUGAACAUAUAAGAAAACUAAAUAGAAAGAUUCUGGCACUUGGACUCAUUCUCCAGUUAAGUAGCCCCAGUGGAUUGGAAUGAGAGCCAAGACUCUGAAGUAUGAUUACAUUAUAUGAACUUAAUAAUCCAAAGAAGUAUUAUUGCAGAGUAGCUUUCCAUUUUUUUUAUUUUCUGAUUAUUUUUACAAAGUAUAAAAGUUUAUAUGUUAUGGUCUUUUAAUGAUAGAUUUGUAAAAAGGCCUGAGGUAGCAGAAGUAAAGAAGAUUGUAAAAGGGCACAGAAUGAAAGAGCAGGAACAUCUUAAAUUCAGUGAUUUUUCUUUCAGGGCAGAAAAUAGUACAAAGACAAUGGCUAACUGGGUAAAUGCUACUUUUAAUGCUUUUAAUAAUGAAAUAUGCCACUGUUACUUUAGCUAGUGAAAACUAAGGCUUUUAAAAUUUUUGUGGGAAAGUUGUUUUUUAUGCAAAUAUCACCAUCUUGAACAAUAUGUAAUGGUUGGAUUAUAGUUAACUACUCAGAUAAUGAAUCUGAGAGGUUCAUAAAAAUAAGACCUGAAAACGUCUUGAUGGUGACACAAGGAGAUGUACAGACAUAUAAAUCAUAUAAAUAAGAGAAAUCCAAAAAAUGAAAUAGAUAAGAGAAAUGCCGAAGUAUUGAACUGUUUUCUUUGCCUUGUAAAUAUAGUCUUGAUGUAAAUAUCUAUAUUCAUUUUCUGUUGUUUCUUUCUUUAAUUAUUUCUUUAUUCAUGUGUCAUGUCUGUCUUUUUGAUUCUUAUGGUGUUUUGUGGUGGUGUUUUCGUCUUUGUUGUUUUAUUUCAAUUUGGAGUAGGUCGCCAACUUCAAAGUUUUUCUUCGUGUUCAAGUGCCUCCUGAAUACCACAGUGGUAAUUUAAUAGGCAAAGCUUCAAGUGGCAAUUAUUAUUUUAUUCCAUACAUUGUAACACCUUGUGCUGACUACUUUUGCUGUGAAAGUGAUGCCCAACGAAGAGCCUCUGAGUACAUGCAGCCCAGCUGGGACAAUAUCCUGGGGCCAUUUUGUGUCCCACUGGUGGACAAGUUUCUCAGCCUUCUCAAGGAUGUCCAUGUUACAUCAUGUGCCUACUAUAAAGAAACACUGCUAAGUGACAUCAGAAAAGCUAGAGAGAAGUACCAAGGAGAUGAACUGGCUAAGGAGCUGGCCAGGAUUAAGCUUCGUAUGGAUAAUACUGAAGUGCUGACUUCUGACAUCGUCAUAAACCUGCUUCUUUCUUACAGAGAUAUUCAGGACUAUGAUGCUAUGGUGAAGCUGGUAGAAACACUAGAAAUGCUUCCUACCUGUGAUCUGGCUGAUCAACACAACAUUAAGUUUCAUUAUGCUUUUGCAUUGAAUCGAAGAAAUAAUGCAGGUGACAGAGAGAAAGCACUACAAGUUAUGCUUCAAGUCCUGCAGACAUGUGAUCACCCUGCUCCAGACAUGUUUUGCUUAUGUGGGAGGAUCUACAAGGAUAUGUUUCUCGAUUCUGACUGUAAAGAUAUCAGUAGCCGAGAUCAUUCCAUUGAAUGGUAUCGCAAAGGAUUUGACCUCCAGCCAACCCUGUAUUCUGGAAUUAACCUUGCAGUUUUGCUACUUGUUGCGGGACAACAGUUUGAAAGCUCAAUGGAACUGAGAAAAAUAGGUGUACGGUUAAACAGUUUAUUGGGAAGAAAAGGAAGCCUAGAAAAAAUGAACAAUUACUGGGAUGUGGGACAGUUCUUCAGUGUGAGCAUGCUGGCAAAUGAUGUUGGUAAAGCUGUACAAGCAGCAGAAAAGCUUUUUAAGCUGAAACCUCCAGUGUGGUACUUGAAAUCAUUAGUUCAGAAUCUGAUGUUAAUUCAGCGUUUCAAGAAAUUCACCAUAGAACAUUCUCCUAAACAAGAAAGGUUGACUUUCUGGCUAGAUAUAAUUUUUGAGGCAACGAAAGAAACAACUAAUGGACUGAGAUUUCCAGUUUUGGUGAUAGAACCAACUAAAGUCUAUCAGCCUGCCUAUGUUUCAAUCAACAGUGAAGCAGAUGAAAGCUCUCUGUCUUUGUGGCAUGUCUCUCCCGCUGAAAUGAAACAGAUUCAUGAAUGGAAUUUUACAGCUUCUUCCAUCAGGGGGAUAAGCAUUUCCAAGUUUGAUGAACGAUGUUGUUUUCUUUAUGUCCAUGAUAACUAUGAUGACUUUCAAAUCUACUUUUCUACAGAAAACCAAUGUAGUAGAUUCUGUGGUUUGGUGAAAGAAAUUUUGUCUGAUGCAGUUGGAAGUACUUUGGAACUAGAAGGAGAAAUAGAUGGAGACACAUUAGAGUAUGAAUAUGAUUAUGAUGAGAAUGGUGACAGGGUAGUUCUAGGGAAAGGUACUUAUGGAAUAGUUUAUGCUGGAAGAGACCUCAGCAACCAGGUCCGAAUAGCCAUCAAAGAAAUACCUGAGAGAGACAGCAGGUAUUCUCAACCUCUUCAUGAAGAGAUAGCACUGCACAAAUAUUUAAAACAUCGGAACAUUGUCCAAUAUCUUGGAUCUGUUUCAGAAAAUGGAUACAUUAAGAUUUUUAUGGAGCAGGUGCCAGGAGGCAGCCUCUCAGCUCUCUUAAGAUCUAAGUGGGGCCCAAUGAAAGAACCUACCAUUAAAUUUUACACCAAGCAGAUUCUGGAAGGCCUCAAGUAUCUCCAUGAGAAUCAGAUUGUACACAGAGAUAUAAAGGGGGACAAUGUUCUGGUGAACACCUACAGUGGUGUGGUUAAGAUAUCAGAUUUUGGUACUUCCAAACGGCUGGCAGGAAUCAAUCCAUGCACUGAAACAUUUACAGGAACCUUGCAGUACAUGGCUCCAGAAAUCAUUGAUAAAGGGCCAAGAGGAUAUGGUGCUCCAGCUGACAUCUGGUCCCUGGGCUGUACCAUUAUUGAGAUGGCAACAGGCAAACCUCCAUUUCAUGAACUAGGGGAGCCUCAAGCUGCAAUGUUUAAAGUUGGGAUGUUUAAGAUUCACCCUGAAAUUCCAGAAUCAGUGUCUACUGAAACAAAGACUUUUAUUUUGCUCUGUUUUGAACCCGAUCCUAGUAAACGUGUUACAGCAUCUGAUUUGCUCAGAGAUUCUUUUCUGAAGCAAGUGAACAAGGGCAAGAAAAGCAAAAUUGCAUUCAAGCCUUCAGAUUAUAAUCGGAACACAUCCCUCCCUCUGCCGAUCCAUGGGGAACAGGCUGGCAGCAGCAGCAGUGAGCACGGCUCUGUUUCACCAGACUCUGAUGUACAGCAUGACGUGUUCUUCGAAAGGCCAAAGAGAUCCAUCUCAGAGAUUCAGACAAAACAUCCCAUUUCUCAUUUACUAAGCGUCCCUGAUGAGGGCUCAGCCUUGGAGGACAGGAGCACCUCGCCGUCCGUGGACGAUAAGGAUUCUGGACUGUUCUUGCUGCGCAAGGACAGUGAACGCCGAGCAAUCCUGUAUAAAAUCCUUAAGGAAGAACAGGACAAAGUUGCUUCAAAUUUGCAGGAGUGUGUUGCACAGAGCUCUGAAGAACUGCACCUUUCAGUGGACCAUAUCAAGCAGAUUAUUGGGAUUUUAAGGGACUUCAUACACUCUCCUGAGCAGAGAGUGAUGGCUUCUACAAUAUCCAAAUUGAAAAUGGAUUUAGAUUUUGACAGUACUUCUAUCAAUCAGAUUCAUCUGGUGCUGUUUGGAUUCCAGGAUGCGGUGAACAAAGUAUUAAGAAAUCACUUAAUAAGACCGCACUGGAUGUUUGCAAUGGAUAACAUCAUCCGCCGUGCAGUCCAAGCAGCAGUCACUAUUCUUAUUCCAGAGCUUCACACUCACUUUGAGCCAGCAUCAGAAACUGAAGGUGGGGAUAAGGACGCUGAUGAAGUGGAGGAGAGUUUCCAGCCCUCUGAACAAAACGGAGCUGAGGAUGCUGCCAUCACAUCAGGGGUCAGCACCCUCAGUUCUGUGGUGUCACAUGAGGCUCAGCAGCAGCUCAGCCAGGAGCUGGGCAGACUUAAACACAGCACUGUAAGGCUUUUGGAAAACCUCGUUCAGAAGGAGAAAGAGUAUCAGACCCUCUUACGACAAUCCUUGGAGCAGAAGACUCAGGAAUUACACUUGCUUCAAUUAAAACUUAAACCCAAAGAUUCCCAGUGGUCUGCAGCGACUUCUAGAGAGAAUGCAGACCCUGAGCUCAUGAACUGGCUGAAACAACAAGGAGCAGACUUGGAUACCAUUAAGAGGUUUGCUGAAGAAGAUUACACACUAAGUGCUGUCCUUAAUGAUAUCACCAAAGAUGACUUGUGGUAUCUUCAGCUGCGGGGUGGUCUUCGCUGCAGGAUCUGGAAUGCAAUCCUAAACCACCGACAAACAUCUGGCAGGACCUCAGCUCAGGUCAACGCUUUGGAAGAUGAAAUGGAAAUAAGUAAAUGAAAUACACUCCCAGCAUUUAAAUUAUUAGAUGUAUAUAUUUAUAUGUACAGUGGCCUUGCAGGUUUUGCACAGUUAUGUAGCUUGUUUGACCAUCAGUGUAAUACACAGUCAAUAGUAACAGCUUUAAAGUCAGUGUCAAUGCAUUUAAGUUAUUUAUGACAAGACUAAUGCAUACAACGCCUGUCAAUGUAAUACAAAACAUCAGCUGGGGAAAAACCCACCUGAAUUGGCUUCAGCAUUGUGAAAACUAUGAACUUACACUGUGUUACAGUUCUGCUGGUUGAUGGUUUGAGCAGGAAAGGGAUAUGCUAGAGCAUGUCACCUUGUUGUAGAUGGAUUUAUACUGCUUUUUGUAUUAAAGCUACUCUCACUGAACUACUGAGAAAAGCCUUGUAUGAUGUUUUCAAUUAGUGACUUUCUGCAGCAAAACCAGAGCAUGUAAUGACAUUUGUGGUGGGAUUUCUGGGAAAGAGUUCAUGAAACAAAGCAAACAGAUCAUUAAAGAUUGGUAAAGUUUAA